UAGUGUAGUGUGUAUGUGUCUAAAUUAGCUUAGUGAUAUUUUUAAUUGUUGCCAUCGACAUCGUCGACGCCGAAGCCGAUGCCGUCGUCGCUGUCCCAUUGUCAAAUUCAUAGUUCCGCUGUGGCGACCGCAUUUGCCGUUAGCUCACAUUUACAGCUAAACAGCCGCAGAGCUCGGGUCUACGUGCUUACUCAACAACAACAACAAUAAUAAUAACAACAGCAACAAGAGCAGCCGAAAAUAAAAAAUAAAUAAAUAAAUACGGCAACUUUGUCAUCGUCACCUUGAAGUGCCACUGGCCGCUGCCGCUGCCGCUGCCAUAGUCACAAGGCGCACGCGAGCCCUCGCAGUCGGUUGUCGUCGAUUCGCCGAUUUCCUAGCCUAUUUCAUUGUCUCGGUUCUCGCUCGCAACAACAAAGUCCAAGUCUGGGGCAGACGCGUCUGCCGGGCCGUGUUGGUGUCAAGGACACACACGUUUCACGUGUUUGCAUCGACCACAAUUUUGUAGCUAAACAUUUUGUCGCACUCUCUCAACGAUAAGCUCGCCGUCGCUCACGAAAUUACUCUCUCACCAUGCUCUCACGACAGCAACUGAUCAAAGCGACGGCCGCAGCGUGCCCAGCUGGCAGUGGCGUUGGCGGCGCUGCUGACAUAUACAAGUUCCUUAGGCAACUCAGCAGCAGCAGCAACGUCGUCGUGACGUCAUCCACGGCAACAGCAGCAGCAGCAGCAGCUACAACUACAAAACCAAAACCAAAUCAAUCUAGUCAAACGGCGUUCAGCGAAUUGAACUUCAGCGACAGCGUCAGUCACAAUUCGCCUUCGAUAGCGCACGGUUGCUGUUCGAGUGAAUCGAAAUCGGAGUCGGCGCAGUUCGUAAAUUUAUCAAAGCGAUUUGUACACAAUAUACUGCAGCAGCAGCAGCGUAGCCAGGACAACAUACAGCGACAUUUACAUACGCAGUGCAACGGAACUAACGCUAAAUCCUCGCAUCCGCAGCAACAGCACCAACAGCAGCAACAACAACAGCAGACAACAACAAAAUUUGCAAUGUCCUCCCUGGCAGCCGAACCUCUCCAAGCGGAAAUCACCAACAGCGAUGGAAGCAGCAGCAGCAGCAGCAGUCUAACAGCUGCCACAGCCGCAGCAGCAGCGGGCAGCGAAGGAGCUGCCUGCCACGAUGCAGCCUCCAGUGCGGGCAAGAAGCCCUGCUUCAACACAGGCCUCGCGGACAUAUUGCAGUUUAUGGAGCUGAUUGGCAACCUGAAGCACACCAAACGCACCGGCUGGGUGCUGAGGGAUGUGAACGAUUGUGAGUCGAUCUCUGGACAUAUGUACCGGAUGAGCAUGCUGACGUUUUUGUUAGACGGCAGCGAGGGUCUGAAUCAGAUACGAUGCAUGGAGCUGGCGCUGGUGCAUGAUCUGGCCGAGAGCUUGGUGGGUGACAUAACGCCCUUCUGCGGUGUCUCCAAGGAGGACAAACGUGCGCUCGAAUUCAAGGCCAUGGAAGAUAUCUGCAAACUGAUUGAGCCGCGCGGCAAGCGCAUCAUGGAGCUCUUCGAGGAAUAUGAGAAUGCGCAGAGUCCCGAGUCCAAGUUUGUUAAGGAUCUGGAUCGCUUGGAUAUGGUAAUGCAGGCGUUCGAGUAUGAGAAACGUGACAAUUGCCUGCUGAAGCACCAAGAGUUCUUCGACUCCACCGAGGGCAAAUUUAAUCAUCCGUUUGUCAAGAAGCUCGUGAACGAGAUCUAUGAGCAGCGGCAGCUGCUGGCCAAGGCCAAGGGUGCCACGCCGCCACCGGCCAUUCAAGUGCCUAAUAUGUCAGCAGCGCCCACAAAUUUGGCCAACGGGCAUGGCAGCUCCAGUUGAAGACGAUGAAAGAAUGUGAAUGGGGGAAGGAGAGGCCAAUGCACUGUGACGCUCUAAUUGUGUUUAAGUUUUGAGAUUUAGGUUUAGCACA